GAGUUUGCACGUUCUUCCGGUGACCACAUGCUUUUCCUCUGGGUGUUCCAGUUUUCAUUCAACACCCCAGACUUAUAGUUUAAUUGACCACUAAAAAUUGUCCCCUAUUGUAUUGGGAGUGGAUGUGAAAGUGGGAUAAGAUAGAACAAGUUUGAACGGGUGAUCAACGGUUUGGGUGGACUCAAUGGGCUGAAGGGCCUGUAUCCAUGCUGUAUCUAUCAAUUAAUCAAUCAAGAUUUAUUCAUAUGGCAGCAGUGUUGGGGAUGAAAUAGAGUACUGUAGUUUUCCUCAGUGGCAUGAGUAACCAUCUCAUGAGACGGUCACAUAUAUAUGAAAGGAGCCUUAUUAUCAUAAUUAGGACUGGAACAAAGUAUUCCCAUCUCCACGCAGUAUCGCUGACAGGAUAAUUAGGGGAUGAUUAAAAAGGAUGCAUGUGGGCCUGAGUGGUACAAUUGAAAGAGGGAGAUAAAAUAAAUGGGUUUCAAAGAGUUGAAGAAAAUGCAAAUAGACAACUGAAACUUACCCGAAAGAUGUUUAUUGAUUUGUUGAAACCAGGCUACAGAAUAAUUGGGUAGUACUUCCACUUGAACAAUGUAUAUAAUAUACAAGGAAAAGUGUGCUAAACCAUCACUCCCCCCCACUAAGUAUGAAAGUGAGGGAGACACGAUGGUACACUAGUAAGCUUAUUUCCUAGAUUGCUUUAAAAGCUAGGAACUCAGCCUCGAGGCUAUAGCACUAAUGACUGUACCUCUGCCAUACUGGGGUUUGACAAGUAUUUUGUCUAUUUUCAUUUUUGAAAUUUGCCCAAGCAAUUGUCUAUGUCUCUUGGGAAAGGAAUUGCAUGUUGAGUAGCAUUCUCUUAGUAGGGAUGACUGAUCCAACAAGAUUUAAAUUAUUAAAUGUGAUGUGAGAAUAGGCACAAGGAGAGUUUCUAUUUGUUUGGCGAAGCAUACCUAAAAACAGUACAAGAUCAAAGGGGAUUUCAGAAGAAUAUUUAUUUAUGGCAUGGCAAUGGGAUGGAACUUCCUACCACAGGGUGUACACCGUACUUGUAUUUGCAGAAAGCCAAUAUGAUCACUUGAGAAAGAUGGGUAAAGAAGAUCACUCUGACAGAAUUUGAUAAAAAGGCAAAUGAAGCGACCUAUGUGGAGCUUAAGUACCAGAAUGGCCAAUUUGUUUAUUCAUUAAACUAUAUUUCCAGCAGACUGCAAUUGUUUGGGUCCAUCGCAGUCAGCAUUCUCCCUUCUAGGUCACUCACUACCUUGACAUGAAAUUUAUCACAGUUCCAUUACUGUGAGUCUAUCUACUGUGUGGAAUAACAUCACCAAUGGCACUAUUGGAGUAACUGGAUCAGACUGACUGCAGCAGUACAAGGGAACAGCCAUCUUUCCAAGGGAAUUUAGGGAGGUUCAAUUAACGAUAGCCUUGCCAGCAAUACCACUUUUGGUAAGUUAAUGAAACUAACAAUAUAAUUCUAUGCUCAGCUUUCACAUUUGGCCUGCAAUUACCUGGAACAAUUUAGUAAUUACGUUAUUAAAUAUUGUCAAGCAUUGAUCGUUUUCAAACAAUCAAUAGAUGUAAGUAGGCCUAGCAAGUAAGUUAGGAUAAAUUUCCCUGCAUUUAUGCAGUGUAGCUUCUUCAGAAUAGAUUCAGGCACAUUACUUUGUAUGUUGUGCUAAUCUUCAAAAUAUGCUCUCCGCAUAAAUUUUAAAUCCUUAUUCUCGAAACAUUCUAUGUCCACAUCCCUACUUGCCUCUGGAACUUCCUCAAACUCCACAACCUUCAGUGGCACCUGUAUUGUUUCAUUUUAGUCAUCUCCCAUUUGAAGCACUCUUUCAACCACUGAGACCCAACUUAAUAUCUGCCCAGUGCCAUAUUUAUUUGCAAUUUGGACUAACUUACAGUGUUAUUGGUGUUAUUGAUCCUCAUCUAUCAAAUUAUUUAUCAAUUAUGGUAUUUCCUAUAUCACUUGAUUUUGCUAUUGUCAUAUGCAACCUUUGUUUUCAGCUUCAUCUGGCAUAAUCUUCUGUUUCUUGGCACAGAUUGUAGACUCAAUGUCUAUAUACCUUUUGAAUUUGAAUUUUAUUAUUCUGGUAGAUCUAUUUCACUCUUCCUCUUAUUACUUUUGGGGAGGUUGCAGUGGCUUUCCAAAGGGGACAGAUAUGAUUUACUAGGAAAGGGAUUAUCAUUGCAUGGAUGUACUGGCAAAACUGGUUUGUUCUCCUUAGAGAAAGGAGGUUUGAUUGAGGUCCAAAACGGUGUGAAGAGUUUGCAUUAUGAAAAUAAAGGGCAACUGUCUUUAAAUAUUGUAGAGAACAUGAAUUUGAGAUGAUUGGCAAAUGAACAAGACCCUGUCAAUGAAGAGUGAUUUCUAUGCAACAGGUGGAUAGAAUUAAAGAAUUAUCAAAAAUAACAUUUCAAUGAGGAAUUUGAUAAAUACUUGGAGGAUAAAUGGCACUGAUAUGUUGAAAAAGCUGAAGUAGAAUUCAUAGGAUUGUUCUUCAAAGGUGCUGAGACAGGUUCAUUGGGUCAUAAGUCAUUCACCUAUGCUGUAUAAUUCACAUUGAUUCCAAAUGUUAAUUUGAGCCCCUGGUCCAUUUUUAUCUUUACAUAUUAGCUUUCCUUUUAUUAUCAGAACUUUGGAGUAAUGAUGGUAACAUUUGGCCUAUGAACUCCACAUUAAUACUGACGAGUGAUUCAGCUGUCCCAUUCUCCUGCCCUUUCCCCAUUGUUUCACAUUUAUUUCCCUCAAGUGCUUCUCUGAUUGCCUUUUGAACCUUUUUGUUACAGACUUUGUUUUGGCUAUACCGAGUACCUGAAAAGCCCGUGCAUUUUCAUUGCCCCUUUAUUCCUAGUUGGAAAGUGCAUGCACCUUGCUUAUAUCACAUUUAAAGGGACUCUACUCAUGGACUGCUAUUUAUUCUGUAAUUUUGUCUGGUAUCCUGGAACUACAUGGAACCAGACUAGAAUGGAGAGAAGCAGGAACGACUCUUGGAGGGGAUUCGUUGGCAUCAAAUCUGAGAACAAAAAUUGAUAAUCAAAUUAGCUGACAACUUAAAUAUACGGAGGCUAUUCACAUCCUCAAACCUGUCCCUUUAAAAGAGGGAUAAGUUUGUUUCUUAGUUGAUGUAACUAAUGCCAUCAAGUGAAAAUGUGCAGAAAUUGGAAAUCUAAAACAAAAGCAAAAAAGGCUGAAAAUACUAGGCCGUGUCACGGAAAAGAAAACAUUUCAGGGUGGAGACCCUUUGUCAGAUCCAAAUAAGUGCCUUUAUAAAGGUCGUAAACUGCUGUAUCAGCCCCAUUGUUCGUUCAAGUGGCUGAUUACUAUUUCCCUUUUCAAAUAUGAUAAAAUGUAAAUAUUAAAGAUGUAUUUUAACGCAGAUCGCUUUGGACUCACUCUAAUAGACUAUACUCAUUAUAUGCGUCUGUCUAAAUAUUAAUUUUGAACUCGCCACUGAUUACAACCAGCUGAACGCAAAUUCCUUUUAAAGCACUUUCGAGUUUCACCAGAUUUGCAUUCUAUUCGAGAUGUGCAGAUGAUUUGUAUGGCCAGUAUUGAUCUGUGGGUAGUGAUUUGGACUUCUGGAUGACCCAUUUAGUCAACAAGGAUAGAAAUCAGCAGUCAUUUAUCUCUACUGUCAGUUGCAAAUGAUGCAGCCUGCAAAAGAUAAAUAAUUGUCACAAGGUUAAUGAUUUACAUCCCGACUUGUCACGCAUCAAGUAUGUUAAAUGGGUGAUAAAGGCGAAGCGAAUGUAUCCCUUGGCGACUGUUCCGGGUAAGAUUGGCGUAUUAUCGACCAGUGUGUCUAUUACUAACGCUGCGUUGAGUAAAAAUACUCUUAAGCGCUGAAGAACUAAUUGAACGGGUUUAAAAUAAGAACAGCAUGGAUGGCCAAAUGUGUGGAAUAAACUAUUGUAAAACUAGAUUCUCCCGCUGAAUGCACCAUGUUGUCUGCAGUUAUUAUUUGCCCAACAUCACAAGUGGUAAAUGUUCUCAUUUAUAACUGCAGCGCACACCGCAACUCUUCAGCAAUCGUUCCGCAUGCAACAUGGCAAAUUAUAGAACAGGUUUUUAUCCUGACUGUUCUCACCAUUAUCAUUCUCGGGGCCUUCCUGGGUAACCUCUUGGUAAUUGUUUCAAUCGUUUACUUUACCAAACUACGAACUCUAACCAACGCCUUUCUACUGUCACUGGCCGUUGCAGAUUUCCUCGUUGGGAUUAUCGUUAUGCCCUUCAGCAUGAUCAAGGUGAUGUUUGGAUGGUACUUCGGGAAGGCUUUUUGUACAAUUCACACGGUCAUGGAUGUAAUGCUCUGCACGUCAUCCAUCAUGAACCUUAGUUGCAUUGCCUUCGACCGGUAUUAUGCAGUGUGCUACCGUCUGAGAUAUCGCUUCAGGGUGUCUCGGAAGAGAGUGACAACCCUCCUCCUCGUCUGUUGGGUUCUACCAGGCUUAGUGUCAUUUGUGCCACUGCUAUUGGGCCUCCAUUUGACGGGAUUGGAAACUAUUCAUUCACAACUGGAUCCACAUGAUUGUGUGUUCAUUGUCAAUAUCCCUUACGCUCUCUGUGCCUCAGUGAUCUCCUCCUAUCUUCCAAUGUUGGUGAUGUUGGCUGCAUAUGGCAAAAUUUUCCAAGUUGCCAGGAUCCAAGCCAGACAGAUAUACACCAUGGAAAAUGGAUCCCACGAAAUGGACGCCACAAGAUUUCACCACAGUACUUCCACGAAGAAGGAAAGGAAAGCUGCUAAAACUCUUGGUAUCAUCAUUGGCUGUUUCCUGUUCUGCUGGUUACCCUUUUUCACUGCAAACAUUGCUAACGCUUUACUUGGAUAUCAGGUGCAUCAUAUUGUUCUUGACGUUUUUGUGUGGCUGGGUUAUGUUAAUUCUGCCCUUAACCCUCUGUUAUAUGCUUUAUUUAAUAAAUCUUUCCGGCGAGCUUUUGGUUUGAUACUUGAUUGCACGAUAUUCACCAAAGAUUACCAAAAUAACAAUUUGUCAAAUGCCGUCAGGCCUAAUUCACAACUUGCUACACUUUCACAUUAAAGCGCAUUGACAUCUCAAAAGUAAAAGAUGGGAUGAAAAUGAAGUGGAAAGCAAGAUGAUUGUAUAAUUGGCAGCCAUUUAUUAACAUUGCAGCAUAAAUCCUGUCAGUAAUGAUUUUGGUCAAACCAAAUGCAUUAAUCAAAUGCAUUUGGUUUAAUUAAUAAUUGAAUUGAUUUGAAUAAAGAACGGUAUAGUUUAACUAUUGAAAAUGCAAUUUGUGAGAUGUUUUAAUGGCUGGUGAAGCAUUUUGGGAAAGUUGUUUGUGGCCUUAUAGUGAUCUGGUUUGCAUUAUUUUAAUAUGUAAUAGCCAAAUCUAAGGUUUUGUCUUUCAUUCUGUAAUUAUUGGUAAGUUGAAGGCAAAGCAAGAAUUUGCUGUUUUGUGUUUUCAAUUUAUUGCAAAUACAUGUUUAUAUUUAAUGCAGUCAUGUUUCUUGUCCGUUUAAAGGCUUGCUUAUUUUAAAGAAAUAAAUACAAGAAUAAAUAUUUCUCCUUGGUUGCAAACAGAAUUCUUUUAAGCU